AUGCGCGUCACGACCCUUCUCUCGUCCCUCGCAGCCAUAACCACCCUCGCCCUUGCUGUCGAGCAGGUCAUUAUCAAGAACCAUCUUGCCGUUCCCGUCUGGUACACUACAGUCGACCAGACUGGCUACCGCAGCGAAACCUUUUACAUAGGCGCCCACGACGAGGCGUCCUUAGACCAGAGCGACAGACCAGGCGUUGCUGUCAAGAUCACCCCCGAUCGGGUCGACAUCGAUACGCCAGGUAAGGGCGUCCUCAUCCUUGCCUACAAUAAGCACCCCGACGGCUGGAUUUACUACGAUUUGAGUGCCCACAAUUACUUCCCGUUUGCGGGCUCCAAAACUAAGCUCGGCGGUCCGGGCAGCGAUAACGAUUGGAACGAUGGGCAGAAGCACGACCCGCAUACAGUUGGGUAUCAGGGGCACGGUGAUUUGUAUCUUGAUAUUGGCUACUAG